AUGCCUCACCUACGUCGACAACCAAACCCCCAAGGCUUCCCGGCACCCAAUGGCCCUAGCGGUCCAGGCAGCCUCCGCGCGCAAUUCCAAACCCCUCCAUCGCGACAAACCCCCUCCAACCCAACCCACCGCCUCGCGCCCUCCACAGGACCUCAAGACAUAACGCCCGAACCGGGGCCUGCGUUGGCGCACCCGGCAGCACACUCCAGCUUUUUCUCCGUCUUCGGUCGACCCAGGCUUGAACAGCACCCUCCGCCGGUGGUGGACGAGGAGGACGUGUUUGACGACGACUUCGAUCCGAAUGCCCAAGACAUGGAACCAGACGAAGAGGAAUUCGAUGAGGAUCUGAUCCUGGAAGACCAGAUUGAGCCUGAGGAUGGGUUGGACGACACUGAGCUGGUGGACGAAGAUGAUCUCGACGAGGAAGUCGAGGACCAACUCGAAGAUGACGCGGACGAGGAGAUGCACGAUCGUGGGAAAUCACCUUCGCCCCUGCCACCUAAUCUGCGAGAGAUCUCGUCUCUCGCGUCUUGGACAGUUUCCACAUCGAAGCCGGGCUGCGGCGUUGCUGCACUCCGACACCCUUCGCCUUCACAAUACUGGCAAUCAGACGGUCCGCAGCCCCACACGUUGACGCUGCACUUCUUCAAGUUGGUCGCUGUCGUGCGCAUUCGUGUGUACCUGGACUUCGAGCUGGAUGAAAGCUACACGCCUACGAAGAUUAUUUUCCUGGCCGGCAUGGGCGGCAAUGAUCUCGUCGAGUUCGGGACCUGGGAGGGCGAUGGACCCUGCGGCUGGGUCGACGUGCCUUUGGAAGGUGUUGGAGGGCGAAAUGGAGGAUGGGUUCGUGAUGAUGCGAUGCGGCGCAAACGCAAAUCAAAGGGUGAAGCUGGUAACAACGAGGAUGAAGCCGAAGGCCGGAAUGGUGACCUUGACGAACAUGACCCGUAUACGGGGAAUGUACUCAAGGCCAUGGUGAUUCAGAUGCGCAUUAUGGAGAAUCACCAGAACGGAAAGGAUACCCAUGUGCGAGGUUUCCAGGUCUUUGCUUGUGACGAUAGUCGGAGGCGCAUGGCUGCUGCACCGUCUGCUUCUGCGGAUGGUCGUCAUCGCCGCCAUAGUGUUCGACAGUCUCUGCGUGGAGGUGUGCUUGAUGCACUCAACGGUGGCCGUCAGCGCAGUGAAGACGUUGAUGCGAACAGACUCGUCGAAACUUCUGGGCUGGAAGAACCGGACUGGAUGGGGGAGCCGGUCAUUCGAUAA